AUGCUGGACAUGAUGGAGGGAAAGAAGCGGCUGAGCCCAUCCAAUGAUGGAAAGAUUCUCAAAGACAAGGGGGAGAGGGUCAAGCAUAAUUGUGAAGAUCUCAAGAUACUAAGUGGCCUGAGACCCCUGGAAAAAGCGAAAGAAGGCAAUUUCUUCAAGGAAGAUCCUCGAAAGAAUCCGUGGAUGAGAGUGCGCCUUGCUGGACACGAAGACCUUCCUUUCUGUGAUGCUGCUGAGAAGUACCAAAAAGAAUAUUAUCCGGAAGCAGAGGAAAGAGCUUAUUCGUUCCCUGCUGGAUAUGUCCUCAAAGGCAAAAUACAGGAGGAACUGUUCCAUGAAUUGGAGACAUCUGAGCCAGCCAAUGAAGCUAAUGAAGAAAUAAAAAUUAAAAGUGACUUCACUGCCGAAGCUGAGGUUUUUGACUGCUUGAAGGAGGAAUUGGCCCAUACACCCAGUUUCAUUACAUGCGGGUAUGAUUUCAACUCCACGUUCUACAAAGCAAUGGGAAUCGCGGGUAAAUGGACUAAAAAAGGAGAGGAACGUUGGAAGAGAAAGGGAUUUGAUAUCCUGAGAGGUGAACUUGAUGUAUGUGGGAUAUUCUUCGACGGCAGACGAGUCGUUGUUCUCUCCAUCGAGGUCAAGAGUAUCAAGCAAACAGAUAACCAUCAAGUCCUGAGAGAUCGAGUAGGGGGAGCUGUUGGUCAGCUCAAGAAGUGUGAACAGUUUCUUCAACAGAUUAUAGGGGCUAUGUCCCUGACUGAUAUUUUCUUCUGCAGCUUCGUCGCUCUCCCAUAUGUGUCAAGGAGGGAUGUCGCUCUUUCCUUGAAAUGCGAUUGCCAUUUGAAUAUCCUCACAAAGGACGAUCUGGAGUCCCGAACUGCCUUCAGGGAAUUCCUAUGGAAUGAAGAACGUGGAAUCACUCUCACGCAGCAAGGGACAACAUAUAUAAAAGCCAAGCAAUGUUAUUUGGAUGUAAUGAGAACUUUCGUGGCAGCCUCGGUAACAGUAGAGGAAAUGCCAAGAACAAUAGAAGAGCUCCACGAGAACAUUGACAAAUGGAUGCAAAGAGCCUUGUUUUUCUUAACUCCUCAUCAAAAGCAAAUUUUGAAAGAGGACCGGUCUGUUCUUUUCCUGGUCGGGGGGCAAGGAACAGGGAAGACUUACUUGCUCCUAAAUAGAGCCAAGCAACUAGCAGAAAAAGGGGAGAAAGUCACAAUCGUGAAUAUGUCAGAGGGGAAGCUAACCACAAACAUGAAGAAGUGGUGCAAAGAGUCACAGGAUAUGAAGGACUUCAUCACGGUCAUGGAUUACAAGGAAUUCUUAGCGACACGUCAGAGUAGUAACACUGCAUCUGUUUUCUCGAAGAUAAAGCAGUUUUUUCUUCCCCGAGAUGAUGUCAGAGGCACUCUUCUCGAGAAGAUCAAUGCUCAAAUAGACAGUCAUGUCCUGAUUGAUGAAAUGCAAAUCAACUUCGGCAUGGUUGAUAGAGAUGUAUUGCAGCUUGAAGAAAAAUGGAUGGAAUUUAUGCGGGAAAAACAGUGCAGAAGCCUUUGGAUCGCAUGGCGUCCAAGUGACACCACUUACUCCGAGAUUCUUGAUAUCCACAGGAUCGUGAAUUUCUUGGGACGAGAAAAGGUGGAGAUGCUUAAGGAAAUGAAGCGAAGCACGAAGGAGCUGGGGGAGUUUGUGAUAGAAGUGACCCUAUUCAUUCAGAAGAGGUUCCCGUGCUUCACUGACCUCCCGAUGCAAGGCCUGGAUUAUGGACUCCAUGGCACGGAUGAUUCUAAUGAAGAAAAACCAUUACCCGGAGUUGUCUUCGUCCUAUCUCCUCCGACUGAAUAUGAGGUUUACCGAUGGGCAUCAGAGGCUAUCAUGGCGAUUCAAUCUAUAUCAAAGCAGUCAUCUUCCGGUGUUUCUCAGGAUCCUAUGGACGAAUCUUCCUAUGAGAAAAUUUCGUGGACCGAUUUCUUGGAAGAAAAUUAUUUCUCCUUACCUGAUUUCAAAUCCGAGGAAUGGAAGAUAGAGCUUAUUUUCGGACCGAAUCGUUCUGGCAAAACUGCAUUUCUUUUCGACAAGCUAAAGAAGAAGGCAGAAGAGGGAAACGAGGAAAUGCGGAAGUCUGGGGAGACUUCGUGCAGACGGGAAACGCUGGAAAAAUCAAAGAGAUAUGAAAAGUGGGGGCGCAAACAUAGGAUAAUGUUCGUAGACUGCAGCAGAUGGGCCAGGACUGACUAUCCUCCUAGCCUUUCUCUGGUGGACGUGAAAGAGAGGAUGAAGAGUACAGAAAUAUUGAACGUGGCAGGCAUCCUGACCCCCAUGACGCUGGACGAGGUCGUGGACGUCUGCGAUGUCUACGACCUCAUCCAGCUUCAUGUGCUCGGGACAAAUGUGUCUCUUUCACCCCAAGUCAUAAAAGAACUCAUGGUGAGAUUGCUAGAGAAUGACGACCGUGGACUCCACAUAGCCUUCGACGAUGUCCCCAUUCAUGGAUAUGUUGCGUCUGGAGACACGGAUAGUCUGAGAGUGGAAUGGGAGAAUAUUAUUUCUGCACUCUCGUCCCAUUCCCCUCUCGCUUCUCUCACCAUUGCCUUCCAUCCCUACAUCGACAGAAGGCACACCUUCAACGUGAAAGAGUUCAAGAAAGAAUUCCAACCCUCCUCACCAACAAAUGUGAGGAUUCUUCAGGGAUGCCAGGACGCGAACUUUCCGCUUUGCCGCCUCCUUCAUCGCGUCCUCUCCCACGAAUCGUCCGCAGAGCUUCAGGUAAAACCGGCAACCCUCAACACCCAGCCGCAGCCUUCUUCCCUCGUUUUCGGUGUUCGACCCACUCUUGUGACCCCUCCUAUCGGGUUGCACUACCACGGGAGAUGGAAGUGCAUCGGUGGUCAGGGUCGAGGAUGCGUCGCCAUCACUGCAGCUGCGUUCUUUCUCUCCCAGCCUCACGGAGACGUUGUGGUGCUAGUCUCGGACGAAGAGAUCCAGAAGAUCUUCGCUGAAGCUCUUGGAAUGAUGGACUCUGCGAGUGGCUCAACAUCCAGGGAAGCACCACAAAUUUUUCAAGUGAAGGAUUACCGAGGCUGUGAGUAUUCCCACGUAAUGUGCGUGGGAGUCGAGGACACAUGGAUGGUGGAGGGGAUCUCCCGAGCCAUCCAGACUCUCUACAUCGUCGACGGAGGAACUUCUGCUGCCGUACAGAGCCGGAUGGGCCUCUGGAUGGAGAUGGAACGAAGAGGCCUCCUCCUCCAUCGCCCCUUACAAUCUUCCAAUGCCCUUGAAUCCCUCUCUGACGAAAACUGGAAGUCAUUGAAUCGAAAAAGUCUCUUUCUAAAGAUACCUCAAGAUACGUGUAUGGAUGAAACUGGAAGAACAGAGAUUUCCUCUCUGAAAGGGGCAAUGAGAAUUUUUGCACUGGGGACAGGUGAAGACGGGCUACCAGGGAUGUGGGAAGUCUCGAAGGACAAGAACAACAGCACUCUCUGGGUCCACGAAGGGCAUUCCGCAGGGGAUGUGUUCCUUCCCCAGUACGACAUGCUUAUCCACGGGGCAGAGGGGGAAGUCCGGAUUCUUCAUCUGGAUGGAAAGGAUGCCCAUAAGGCUCCUUACAGUUGGGACCAAAAACUCACCAUACUCCCUCCUUUUAUCGUGGAUGGGACUAUGGGGGUGGGGACCUGGGACUCUCUCUUUCUCUUAGGAGGGGAGAAAUAUCCUUGCGAAGGACGCCGACUGGAUCUUGACAGUGGCACCUGGAUGGAUCUCCCGAAGUUGACUCAGGGGAGACAGGACGCAGCUUUGGUGAUGUUAGAUCACAACAACAUCCUUGUCUUGGGGGGGUGGGACCCCCAAAAAAAGAAACAGCUCUCCGGCUGCGAACGUUUGGACGUGAGAAUGAGGGGGUGGCUCCACUUUCCCCAAAACCUCCCCCUUCCCGUCGUUGGCCACGCAGCGACCCUCUACGAUGAUCAUGUAUACAUCUCGGGGGGAUUCAGAGAUGGGGAGUCUCGGGGGAAGGUGUGGAGGUGCAGGGUGAAUGGGGAAAGUCCCUGGGAUACACUUCUUCCCUCUUUACAAUUCAAGAGACAUAAUCAUGGGAUGGUGGAAGACGGCGCAGGGGGACUGGAAGUCAUUGGGGGGAAUUAUGAAAGGGCGGGAGGAAAGAGCAUGGGAGUCCUUUCCACGGAGAACCUGACUCUGGAUGAAGGAAGAGGAUGGGAGUCCAAACACAAGCUUCCCUUCAUUAAGCUGUGGAAGGCGAGCUCGAUGAAGUUCAUCAGUGGACGGGGAUCCCCUUCCCCUCAUUUCUGA